AUGACUAUUGCUGCAUAUGCGUAUGAAACAAAUGAAGCAAGAAGAGCACAUGAACUAGUAAACGAAAACUCAACUUUAACAGUGGAAGGCAAUGAUUUAGUCAUUGACGAUGGAAAAACUAAAAAAGUCAUUGAUUUCGAUACUUUUAACACUUAUGACCCAUUCAUUACAACAAGCAAGGUUCCAUCAUAA